UCUCUUUUGCCCACCUGUUCUUCUCCUUCUUUUUCUCUUCUUACACUCAUCAUUCGAAGUAAUCAUUUUUCUCCUAUGCUCAUCAUUUAUCAAUGGUCUUAGAAUGUUAUAAAAGAUCCCUUGUCUUUUUGUGCAGAGGAAUGGCUUUUAUUGGGCUUGUUUUGUUCGGUUUUCUCCCUUUUGUCACUGCUGCGCAUGGGUAUGGAGGGGGAUGGUCCAGUGCCCAUGCGACCUUCUAUGGAGGAAGUGAUGCUUCUGGGACAAUGGGUGGGGCUUGUGGUUAUGGUAACUUGUACAGCCAAGGGUAUGGGACUAACACUGCAGCUUUGAGCACUGCUCUGUUUAACAGUGGAUUAAGCUGUGGGGCUUGUUAUGAGAUAAGGUGUGUAAAUGACCGCCAGUGGUGCCUGCCAGGUUCCAUUGUGGUCACUGCCACCAAUUUCUGCCCACCCAACUCUGCCCUCCCCAAUGAUGCUGGGGGCUGGUGCAACCCUCCCCUGCAGCAUUUUGAUCUCUCUCAGCCUGUGUUCCAGCACAUUGCUCAAUACAGGGCUGGUAUUGUACCUGUUGCUUAUAGAAGGGUCCCAUGCAGGAAGAGGGGGGGCAUCAGGUUCACCAUCAACGGUCACUCCUACUUCAACCUGGUGCUCAUCACCAAUGUUGGAGGUGCUGGAGAUGUGCAUGCAGUGUCCAUCAAAGGAUCCAGGACUGGGUGGCAGCCAAUGUCCAGGAACUGGGGCCAGAAUUGGCAGAGCAACGCCUACCUCAAUGGCCAGGCUCUCUCCUUCAAGGUCACAACCAGCGACGGACGCUCUGUGGUCUCUUACAAUGUGGUUCCUGCUGGCUGGUCUUUUGGCCAAACCUUCAGUGGGGGGCAUUUCCGUUAAACCUUUGAGAACCCCUCCUCCUUCUAUCUUCCAAGCUUAUAGUAGGCAGUCUCAUUAAAUGUCUGGGGUAUAUGUUGAAGUUAAUGUGCCAUUAGGAGUAGAAGAAUGAUGGGUCAAGAUUAGAAGGGCUUAUUUUAAUAUGGCUCUUCAUAGUAUCUGGUUGUGGGUUUCUCUAUGCCUUCUUUCCAGGCCUUAAGAAUGCUCUUGAAGGAGAAGAAGAGGGUGGUGUUCGGCUUCUCUCUAGGGGCAAAAGUUGGCAGUGGAGGACUCUUUACCACCCACCAAGUAGCAUGUAGGGAGUUUGAACGGUUUUGGCUUCUUUUCUCUGUGUUCCUUGGUUCUCUGGUGGUGAGCCUCUUAAAGGAAGAAAGCGCCCUUCCGAGGUUAUGUGAUCAGCUGCUUCCUGAAAGGCUUUUGUAAUAUUGAGCCAUGUGUAUGGAAGUUCAAAUCUAUAGUCACCUAUUAAUGAAAAGUAAUGUUAUAAUUGGGUG